AAGAUACUACGAAAGAAACCUUUAUCAUGACGCUGCAAAACAGGCGUCAUUGCUCAUUAAACCUCAAGCAGGUGGACAUUACCAAGUAGUUGGUAUUCUAAACGCCACACAUGAAAUUAGGCCUUUGGAAACCAUAGAACGGUCGUCCGAAGGACAUCCGGCACAUAAAAUAUCCAGAAUUUUAAUUGAGAAAGACCAUCAUGACGUCGUUGCGACAGCACGCAGCACUGGGCUCAGACGAGGAAGUACCCUUGAGACGAAGCCCAGAAGACCGUUACCUGACAAUUUCACGAUAGAGCUUUCCUUUCUCAGUGACUUUACCCAUAGCCAGCUAUAUAGACACAAAGAGCAAGAACAUAUUGAAUAUGUAACAGUGCUCAUGCUCGCGGUCAGCCUUCGUCUUCAAAUGCUUACUCCGCCAGGCUUUAUCUCCUUGACGAAAAUAGUACGUACACUUAUGAAGGUUCGAGAAACGUUUCUAAAGAUGCGGGAUCACGAGAGGCUCAGUGUAGAGGGAACGCUGGAUAAAUUAUCGGAGUACGCCAAGACAGACAAUAUAAUGAAGAAGGCCGACGCUGUCUUCAUGGCUACCCAGAGACCAAUGGUCCAUAUAGACAGCUCCGGGAAAGAAGCUGGCAAUGCUAUUGGAAUGGCGCCACGGGGAGGAAUUUGCACCAAGGACAAGGUUGCCAUUGGAAAAGACAAACCAGGCACUUAUUCUGGAAUAAGCACAAUAGUUCACGAAUUGGGACACUUAUUAGGCUUGCCCCAUGAUGGCGAUAAAGGCGCAGAAGCUUGCCUCGGAAACCACGGUUACAUUAUGAGUCCAGUUCAUGGUGGCAAGAGGGAUAAUGAGUGGUCACAAUGCAGCAAAAACUUAGUCAAAGAAGUUCUGCGGUCGCGAAAAUACUGGUGCUUAAACGAAAAUAAAAACAAACACCUUUCUCCACUUAAGCUCAAGCUGAAACCUGGAAUGGUCAUCAAUGGAGAAGAAUACUGCACCAAGUCUUUCCCAAACUACAAUGCCAAGUUUGAUGAGUCGCUUCCGACUGACAACUGCUCGUUUCGCUGCAAGUUAGAGACGUCGGGUGCAAAAACAAAAGAAGCAACCAUAUUUGCUCCGGAGGGAACGCCAUGCCAACCGGGAAAGCACGAAAAGAAGUGCAGAUACGGACUUUGUAUAUGACAUGCACAAUACCCUAACGAGGUAAUCGGGCGUGCGUGGUAACUAUAGGCUCUCAAUACUGCUUCAAAUGGAAUAUACCGGUGUGAUUAACUGUGAAUGAACAAGGGAAACCUCAGCCCAGUUUUAUCAAGACAAUGUAUCUCUUC